AUGGCGGGGCGAACAUCCCACGCGGCAAUCAAGGACAAGCCGUCCAACCCCAACAAGCGGAAGCUCCUCGACGACAGCGACUCCGACUCAGACGAUGCGGGAGCAGCAAUUGGGAGCUCCGGCUUCAAGGUGAACGAGGAGUACGCCCGCCGAUUCGAGCAUAACAAGAAGCGCGAAGAGAAACAGAGACUGGAGGAGAAGCUCAAGAGAGAGGGCGACGACGACGACGACUCCUCUUCCACCGACGAGACAGAAGACGAAGACGGUUUCCUCGCGACCGAGGAUCUGGACGCACAAAUAUCCGCCACACUACAAGCCAUUCGAAACAAGGAUCCCCGCGUCUACGACAAGGACGUCACCUUUUUCAAUCCCGACGACGACAACGCCGCGGUGACCAAAGAGAAGAAGGAGAAGCCGGUUUUCCUCCGCGACUACCAGCGGGAGAAGCUUCUGAGAGGCGACAUUGGUGGCGAUGACGAGGAGAAGGAGGCUCCCAGGACAUACCAGCAGGAGCAAGACGCAAUCAAGCAAUCACUCUUGUCCGAAAUCAACGCCGCCAAGGCCGAGCAGGACUCAGACUCAGACUCGGAGGACGAAGAUGGCUUCAUCAAGCGAAAAGAACCCGCGCAGACCGAUUCCAACGGCGUGCACCCGUCCAGAGCGAAAGCCGUGAAGCUGUCAGAAGUCGACGUGAACAACGCAGACAAGGACCCUGAGACGUUCCUGUCCAACUUCAUGGCAGCGCGGGCGUGGGUCCCCGAGGAGGGCUCAAGAUGGGAGGC